UUUGGAAAAUGGGCAAAGUACGCUCAUCACCCCAUCACAGUUGGUCCUCUUUUUCCAAAAAGUCGUAGUGCACAUUUGUUGCCGUUUGGAUAAAUGAUAGGAAAGAUCGAUUCUUGCACUUUGUCUCUCACUCUAUAGCAAUUAACCUUCCCUUUCACUCCUGACCCCACCAAUACAUUUGCACAAUUAGCCAGUUUUGAUACCAUAGGGUCUAGGACCCACAUGUAUUAUAUCACCUCCUAGGUCACCAUUUAUAAAUGAUCAGUGCUGCAGAAACCCAAGUGCUCAAUGUUCUCUGUAGAGAGAGUGUUAGCACAGAGCUUAGAGAUGGGCCACCGCUGCUGCAGCAAACAGAAGAUCAAAAGAGGACUAUGGUCUCCUGAAGAAGAUGAAAAGCUUCUCAGAUAUAUCAACACACAUGGACAUAAAAGUUGGAGUUCUGUGCCAAAAUAUGCAGGAUUGCAGAGAUGUGGCAAGAGUUGCAGGUUGAGAUGGAUUAAUUAUCUUAGGCCGGAUCUCAAGAGGGGUUCCUUCACUGCUGAAGAAGAGCAGAUCAUAAUUGAUAUUCAUAGAAUUCUUGGAAACAGAUGGGCACAAAUUGCUAAACACCUACCAGGAAGAACAGACAACGAGGUCAAGAAUUUCUGGAACUCAUGCAUAAAAAAGAAGCUCAUUUCUCAAGGGUUAGAUCCACAAACCCACAAUCUUCUAUCUUCUCAUAGAAGAAGCUCAGCAUCUACCAUCUCCAAUAUGCAUAAAAAAUCCAAUCCCAUAUUCAUUAUGAGUUCACACACAACAAAUGCACCAGUGGAAACUACUUUUCAAACCUUUUCUUCAUUACCUAAGCCUCCACUAAACAUUGUUCAAACUCCCUCCAGCAUUAUUACAUCUGAAUAUCAAACAUCACCUAUUAUUUCAAAUAAUAUCUCGUCAGAUUUGCCUUAUGAACUGUUAAUCGACAACGGCUCCAACAUUUGUUCACCUUCGUAUAUGAACCCCACUGCAGUUGAAUUGUCGAACAAUGAAAACAUUGCUGAUUGGGUUUCAAGAGUUAAUGUUGAUGAUUUCAGCGGUCAAACACUUGAAGAGGGAACACAAGUGCAGGUGCAGCAAGAGAAGGACAAGAUCUGUGAGGAUACUGUAACUGAUGUGAGAGAAGCUAACAAGGGCAAUCUUGAAAGAAGUGCUUCUUUCGAGAGUUCUAACUUUGACUUUGGCUUGUUGGAGAGUGUACUUUCCUCCGAAUUUAUCUCUCAUGAUCUUAGUUGUAUGGAUGAACUUGCAUGGAACUUUUAGACCAUGCUGCCAAUAUUUUCAUCGUUUAUGUAUAUUAAAGCAAUUAGUUUUGUUCGCA